AUGAGAUUGUGUGCGGUCAACGCAGUGCAGAAGACGCCAGAAAUUUCAGGUGAAGAGGACAUGGUUGCAGAGGAGGCUAUGACACCGAAAGACGACCACGAGAUAACUGAUCCGCUACAAGGACAAACCAACUGUCACCCAGACAGGAUCGAGGUUGAAGUUCGGGAGGUGUAUGGCCAGUCUACACGACUGGAUGACGAAGUGAAAGCUGUUACGAUCGACGUCGAAGUAAUGGAAAAUGAUGUAACGGAUGAAUCAACAUACUACCACAAGGGAGGUGAACUGUUCACGGAAGAUGUGGAACAACACAUGGCUGUGCUGCUGGAGAGGAUCAAGAGCAUUUGCGACGACUGA